AUUUACGGACCCCCUAAAAAAAGCGGGCCCGGGGUUUUCCCCCCUUUCCCUCCCUCUCGGCGGCCCUGAGCAGAUCAUGUUGGAACAAACGUGAUAAAAUCGAUCUGCAUUCUAAUGUCGUAUUUUUCAUCCAUUGUUAUUGUACUGAUUUUUAAACUGACUUCGAAUUGGAUCAACGUUGAUAAAUAAAUGUUAAUCGAACUAACACAGUAAGAGUUUCUAACAGAACACUUGCAUAGAAAUGUUUGUGCGGUCUAAUAUAGGGAAACAUUCGGAUUCAUUUCGUUUACUUAACAUCUUCAUCCGUGACGGAGCGGUCGUUGUUUGUGUGUCUUCGUGCCAUUCCAGCUGAUAGCACAGUAACAAUCGAAUAAUAUCAACUGUUUUAAGAUGAAUAAUUCGGAGCAGCGUUACUGCGUGAUUGGUGCCGGAGUGGCAGGCGUUUGUGCCGGCAAAAGUGCCCUGCAGAAUGGUGGCCAGGUUGUGAUUUUCGAACAAACGGAUCAGAUUGGUGGUACGUGGGUGUAUACUGACGCCACCGGGAAGGAUCAAAACGAUUUACCGAUUCACAGUAGCAUGUAUGAAGGAUUGUGGACGAAUCUACCGAAAGAAGUUAUGGGCUUCCCAGAUUAUGAGAUGCCUCAACAAAACCGUUCCUACAUACACUCGAGUGAGGUGUUACGUUUUGUGCAAAACUAUGCAAGUCAUUUCGGUGUGAUUAAGCACAUAAGUUUUGAACAUGUGGUUGAGCAAGUCAAACUUUUUGGAAGUGACCAAUGGGAAGUUCAAGUUCGAAACCUUAAAAGAAACAAAAGUGAAACGUUCGUGUUUGACUUUGUUUUGGUAUGCAAUGGUCAUUAUUUUGAGCCGAUAAAACCAAAAUAUGAAGGAAAAGAUAAGUUUGAAGGUGUUCAACUUCACAGUCAUGAGUAUCGCAAACCAAACAUGUUCAAAGAUCGGAAUGUUUUAUUGAUUGGAGCGGGUCCUAGUGGAAAAGAUUUAGUGUUCACCGCUGCCAAAAAUGCCAAUAUAGUGUUUUUCAGUCAUCACGUGCCGGAUAAGCUAGAAGACAUGAAAUUCCCUAGCAAUGUGGUGCAAGUACCUGACGUAGCUCGACUACAUGCCAGCCAGGUUGAAUUUGUCGAUGGCGCUAUUUAUGCGAUUGACAUCAUUAUUUAUUGUACAGGUUAUCGGUACAGCUUCCCAUUCCUACACGAGUCAUGUGAAAUCGAAAUCGAUAAUAACUGGGUCAAACCAUUGUACAAACACGUUCUGAACAUCAAUCAUCCGACGAUGGCUUUCAUAGGAAUUCCCUAUUACGUUUGCACGACAUUGAUGUUCGACCUGCAAGCUCGAUUCGUACUGAAAUACUAUUCUGGUCGCCAGAAACUCCCUGCCAAGUCAAUAAUGAUAGCCGAUCAGAACACGGAAAUGGAGGCCCGCUGGGCUCGAGGUUUGAAGAAACGGCAGGCGCAUAUGAUGGGUGGCACAGUGCAGGCUGCGUACUACGAUGACUUGGCAAAAACCGUUGGUAUUGGACCGAUCCCACCGGUAAUGGCGAAAAUGCAUAUUGCAAGUAAUCGCAGAAAGAAUGAAGACUUGUUAAGGUAUAGGGAGGAUAUAUUCCGAGUAUUGGAUGCCGAGAAUUUCGAAAUUAUCUAUGCUGGCAAUGAUGUCGCCACAUGUGGAGAGUGACGGCUUGGGGACAGUCUGAAGCAGAAUGUGGAUUAGAUGAAUGCAUGAAUAUAGGUAUUCUAGCGA